UGGCAUCCAGCUCUUUCUCAGAGGAGGAUUUAUCCUGUCCCAUCUGCUAUGAGACUUUCAAGAAUCCUGUUCUGAUGUCAUGUAGUCACAGUGUGUGCAAAGCCUGCCUGCAGAAGUUCUGGGACACUAAAGGAUCCAGAGAGUGUCCCGUCUGCCGAAGGAGGUCGUCAAAAGACAACCCACCUAUUAAUCUCAUUUUGAAGAACCUGUGCGAAACAUUCUUGAACGAGAAGUGUCAGGGAAGUCCAGAAAGAGAGGUUCUUUGUGGUCUGCACGGUGAGAAACUCAAGCUCUUCUGCCUGGAGGAUAAGCAGCCUGUAUGUCUGGUGUGUCGAGACUCAAAAAAACAUACCAACCACAACUUCUAUCCCAUAGAUGAAGCAGCACUUGAUUGCAAGACUCAGGCCCAACACACAGCGAUACAGAUCAGGAGGGAGUUUAUGAAGCUUCACCAGUUCCUACGAGAUGAAGAGGCAGCCAGGAUAGCUGCACUGAGGAAGGAAGAGAAGCAGAAGAGUCAGAUGAUGAAAAAUAAGAUUGGCAAGCUGAGCAAGGAGAUAUCAUCUCUUUCAGACGCAAUCAAAGUUGUGACAACACAGAUGGGAACUAACAAUAUUACAUUCCUGCAGAACUACAAAAGCACAGUGGAGAGAGCCCAGUGCACACUGCAGGAUCAAGAGAGGGUUUCAGGAGCGCUGAUGGAUGUGGCCAAACACCUGGGCAAUCUGAAGUUCAGCGUCUGGGAGAAGAUGCAGGAGAUGGUCCAUUAUAUUCCAGUCAUUCUGGAUCCGAAUACGGCAAACGCACGUCUUGUCUUGUCUGACGAUCUGACCAGUUUUAGAGACACUGAUAAGGAGCAAGAGCUUCCCGGUAACCCAGAGAGGUUUAGUGAGUUUGCUUCUGUCCUGGGCUCUAAGGGCUUCUCUUCAGGGACACACUGCUGGGAUGUGGCGGUUGGGAAGAGUCCACGCUGGAAUGUGGGGGUGAUGACAGAGUCUGCCCCGAGGAAGGGAGACUUUGCCUCCACGAGUGGUCGGUGGAUGGUGACUAAUAAAGAGGGCAAAUAUAAAGCACGUUCUUCCCCACAACCUAUCGUUCGCCUUACAGUGAAACAGAAACCCCAGAGGAUCAGAGUGCUGCUGGACCUGGACAGAGGGAAGGUGUCAUUCUCUGACCCGGAUAACAACACAGAUUUGCACACUUUCAUACACACCUUCACUGAGAGAGUUUUUCCCUACUUUAACACGGCCUAUGGCUCUCCUCUGAGCAUCUUACCAGUGAGGAUCUCUUUAAGAGAACAUGGACUCAGUUAACAGUGCCAGAUCUUCCGGUGAUUGUAUUUCGCCCUGCAGCUCAGGCUGGAAACCUGCAAAUUUAUCUCUCCUGCUUCCUUUCCACAUCUACUGGAACCAAUCACAAACUGGCGUAUUCACAAUGCAGGCGUGCAGAUCAUUAGUCUGAUUGAUUGAAGGACUAUCCAAGUGUACAGAGUCAUUUGAACUAUGCUCAUUGAUCACGCCUCUUGUGCUGUAGAAAUACAGCGCAGACUCCCCAGACUAAUAUUCAGUAUCAAAAGAUUGAGCUUAAGUAUGGUGAUAGCCAGGCUUAGUGUCAAUGACAUCGUCUGAAAAUGUGUAAAAUGUGCCAUCUUUGUUGGAAAUUUCAGAAGCUCACAUAUGGUCAUGUGACUUAUUGCUAGCCCUCUGACUGGAUGAUCUCAAAAGGUUGCCGUUGAAGUAUCCAAGUUGUUCAGAUAGAAAAUAGUUCAGAUAUUUUCACCAUACUAAGCUGGGCGAAAUUCAAAUUCCCCGGAAGUUCAGGCAGUGUUCACCCAGCCUAGAAACUUGCUGUAAAUUACCAGAGACAUUUUUUUUUUGAAAGCUAAGCAUUGAUGCAAGUCCCACCUGUCCAUCCCCCCACUUAUGUUCCAGAUGCAUUACCUCCACAGUUCAAUCAUUGUAGACUAUUUAACUGACAUCUAGACCAACAAAUAACAAUAAGCACAAGACAUGCUGAUGGAAUUAUGCCACCGCAUAAUGAGUUGGCCCUUUUUUGUGGAUUACCUCCCCUUUAUGGCUGUUCUGUAUGUUAUGUAGGCUAUAAAUGAAUAAAGACCAGAUUGCGACCAAACCAGCCUUGGUUUUUAUUGUUACUCAGUAAUAAUGCCAAAUUUAAGGUGCUUGCAGAUUGGCUCUACGUACAAUACGUAAGUCAUGAUGAACAGGCUUAGCUGCCACUCUGCAGAGGUUAUCGUAUCAGAAUGUCCCUCAUGUGGA